UUCCCUGACCAGUCGAAAUGUGCAUGCACUAUCCAUAACAGGAUAGAGAGAGAAACCUAAGCAAGCUCAGUUGCUUCUUCUCUUCUAACAUGGCGGUUUCAUCACUCUCUCUCAACUUCGCCUCUAAACCAUUCACAUACAACUUAGGAGUGCGCGGUUGGAUUAGCCCGGCAGAAUGUGCCGCAGUUUCGAUCACGAAGUGCUCGAAGAUCGCUGCUCUCGACGAAGAAACUCAGUGUGCUGUUUCUGGAAACUGCAAAAGGAGAGCACUUAUACUUGGUAUGGGAGCCCUCACAUUGAAUCCGCUACGACCAAACCUUCUUCUAGCAGAAGAAAUACCAGCAAAGUAUGAUAUAUUUGUCGAUAAAGUUGAUGGAUAUUCGUAUUACUAUCCCUCAGAUUGGAGAGAUUUUGACUUCUUAGGUCAUGAUUCGGCAUUCAAAGACAGAUCCCUACAACUGCAAAACGUGAGAUUGAGUUUCAUUCCAACGAAUAAGACUGAUGUCCGCGAUCUAGGACCAAUGGACGAGGUUGUUUUCCAUCUUAUAAACGACGUAUACUCAGCACCAAAUCAAGUUGCAGAUUUAUUGGACAUGCAAGAGAAAAAUAUCGAUGGUAGAAACUACUGGACAUUUGAAUACGUACUGACGUCCCCAAAUUUUUCAAGAGCAGCUUUUGCAACAAUCGCCAUUGGAAAUGGGAGAUACUACACGUUGAUAGUCGGAGCGAAUCAGAGGCGGUGGAGAAGAUAUAGGAACAUGCUUAAAGUGGUGGCCGACUCUUUCAAAGUGAUGGAGAUCUAAAUUGCUCUAUUGAUCACAAUCUCUCAUAUGGAGUUGUUGUAUUACUAUUAGUCAGUUGUAUAUGGUGAUAUUCUUUGAUGCAACAUGUUAAAUCUUGUAUACCAAAUAAACUACUCAAGGUACAUUUUCAGUAUAUAUACUUCACUUUCGUUGCA